UCCAAAAAGUUCACCUGCCAAAUUCCCAAAAAAUCAAAGGUAGAGUGAGAAAGUGAGCAGAAAGCAGAGAAAUUUUAGAGAGAGAGAGAGAGAGAGAGGAGAGAGGAGCAAAGAAUGGAGAGCAGUGAAGAAGAAGAUGAUUUCCAAACCCAUGAAUGGAUCACUCCCCAAUCCAGCAUCAACUCCAUUUACCAAUCUGACACUGAAAAGGGGAUCAGAAAACUGUGUUCCGAGCUUCUGGAUUUAAAGGAUGCGGUCGAAAAUUUAUCUGGCAACAUGCAAUCAAAAUAUGUGGCCUUCCUCAGAAUAUCCGAGGAGGUUAUGGAAAUGGAGCAGGAAUUAAUUGAACUGCAGAAACAUGUGUCUGCUCAGGGAAUCCUUGUAAAAGAUUUGAUGAGUGGUGUUUGUCGAGAGUUAGAAGUGUGGAACAAAUGUAAUAUUGAUGAAGUUGAUGUCAAUGAUGAUCUUCAACUCUCUGAAAUUGAUGAACUCUUGCAUGGAGAAGUGGAUGACAAAAAAGUAACUUUUUUGGAAACAGUGGAUAUUUUGUUGGCUGAGCGCAAAGUAGAAGAAGCAUUAUUAGCUUUAGACACAGAAGAACGAAGCUCCCCUGAGUUGAAUGACCUGGGGGAAGAUCCAUCUCCUGAAAUUUCUCCAUAUAAGUCAGCAUUUUUAAAAAGAAAGGAAAUGCUUGCGGAUUUGCUAGUUGGGAUUUCACAGCAACCAUUUGUGAGCAUUGCUGAGCUAAAGAAGGCUUUAUCAGGUUUACUUAAACUUGGUAAAGCUUCUCUGGCCCAUCAGUUGUUGCUUAAAGCAUACAGCUACCGACUUCAGAAAAGUAUCGAGGACUUUCUUCCUUCAUGUUCAGUUUACUUGGAAACAUACACAGCAAAGCUUUCACAGCUUGUUUUCUCAACAAUUUCUGUUGCUACAAAAGAAUCUAACACAUUAUUUGGUGAAGGGCCUCCAUAUACAAAUCGUAUUAUACAGUGGGCUGAGUAUGAGAUAGAAACUUUUGUUCGUUUAGUGAAAGAAAAUGCUCCUCCUGUUGAGUCCGCUGCUGCCUUGAGAUCUGCGAGUACAUGUGUUCAGGCUAGUUUUAGUCAUUGUUCGUUUCUCGAGUCACAGGGCCUGAAAUUUUCUAAGUUACUUAUGGUGCUCUUACGUCCGUAUAUGGAAGAAGUACUUGAUAUGAACUUCAGGCGAGCAAGAAGAAAGGUUGCUGACUUGGAAAGAAACGGUGACAUAGUGCAACUGUCCCCUCCACCAGGCUCUCCAAGUUCUCUUGCUGCAUUGUCAGAUAUCAUGUCUACGGGCAGUGGAAAGAAGUUUAUGUCCAUAGUCAAAGAUAUAUUGGAGCCACUGACACCAAUAGUAAUAUUGCAUUUUGGGGGAACAAUUUUAAGCAGACUGCUCCAGCUAUUUGAUAAAUAUGUGGAAAAAUUGAUAAGAGCUCUACCUAGUUCUUCGGAAGAUGAUAACCUUACUGAUCCGAAAGAGACUACAGAAUUGAGAGCUGAAACUGAUGCUCAACAACUUGCACUAAUAGGGACUGCAUUUACUGUAGCUGAUGAACUGUUGCCGAUGGCUGUAGCCAAAAUUUUCAACCCACAAAGUGAAAACAGGGAAGAGGGGAGUGGGCCCGAUUGCAUCAGUCCAGUUGCCAUUAGUAGUGUAGAGUACAAAGAUUGGAGGCGACAUCUCCAGCAUUCAUUGGACAAGCUCAGAGAUUAUUUUUGUCGGCAGUAUGUCUUAACUUUUAUUUACUCAAGAGAAGAUAAAGCAAGGUUAGAUGCUCGAAUGUAUUUGGAGGGAAAAGGAGAGGACCUUUUUUGGGAUACUGACCCUUUGCCUUCAUUGCCAUUUCAGGUGGUUCCUUUUGCUUGAUCUUUCUAAAUAUUU